AGUUAUGUCCAGAAGGAAUCAUGAGAUGUGUUGAAAAGUUGACGAAGAACAAUCAUAACAUGGAGACACUUCACUCAAUGGCAUCAAUGGCUUCACUAAAGAACAUCUCUCAUCACUUGCUACUUACCGUCCUCGAGGUCUGUCCCAAAUGCGACGAAGUCAUGAUGAUUCCGCCUUGCUCAAGAGGUUCAUGUAACCAGAGGCAAACGAGUGAACGCAAGUGCAAGGGAUGCCGCUUUUGCUUCCCUAGAUGCGUGUGUGCCUUGGGCCAGAUACUGGGAUUCAAGAAGCAGCGUUCAGUGGCAAUGUUCUAUGACUUGAGUGUUGGCUUAUGCUUCCCAAGUGCAAGUUCUGCAAUAAACCUUAUUUCACAAGUCGCAACAGCCGGCGAUAUGAGAUUGCAGACACUGAUGCUGCGCCUCAGCCUUUGUUUGAAUGCCAAGCUUGUUACUGUAGGGCAGAGAACCGUUUCUGGUGGAUCCAUCGGCGCGGUUGUCACGGUGAAGAGGAAGACACCUCAGUCAUCGCGGAGCUGGAUUUCCAUAGACGCGACGAGGCAGAAAACGGUGCUUGACGUAGACAAAUACACGAUUAUGCACCAUGUCCAGGUCCACGCUCGCGAUCUCCGUACCCUCGACCCAAACCUUUUGUACUCUUCUCCUAUUCUGGAUCGAGAAAGAGCCAUUGUUCUUAGCUUAGCAAAUCCCAAAGUUAAAGCUUUUAAUAUGAAAGCUGGUGCACAAAAAUUAACCAGUGGGGGAGAGAUUUCAAAAGCAGCA